UCAAUCGGUGCCGGCCGUCAGCUGCGCAUGCGGGAACUGGACUAACGGCUCCGGGGGUGGGGGAAAAGGGGCGAGGCGCUUAAUUCCGCUGCUGGUUUCACAGCGCAUUAGAAGAGGGGGAUCUGGAGUCAGGAAAUUUGAACGUCAAGAUCUGACCGAGUUGCCCGGUUUCUCAGACUCGAACAUGGCGUUGAACAGCGCUGUUCACAGUGAGGAGAAACGGUACCUGUGCUCUGUAUGUGGGCAGGCCUACAGCCGACUGUCUGGACUGUGGAAACAUGAGCACAGUCACACGCUGGGGAAGCCGUGGAAGUGCGACGACUGCGGGAAAGCAUUCGGUUACCCGUCAGACCUGGAAGCUCACCGGCGCUGCCAUACUGGGGAGAAGCCGUUCUCCUGCUCAACGUGCGGGAAGGCUUUUGCUGGGUCGUCCACCCUGGUGAUCCACCAGCGGCUUCACACGGGGGAGAGGCCCUUCACCUGCUCGGACUGCGGGAAGAGGUUCACUCGGUCGUCCAACCUGCAGGAACACCGGCGGAUUCACACAGGGGAGAGGCCAUUUGCCUGUUCCGACUGUGGGAUGGGUUUUGCCCGUUUGUCCAACCUGAAGAACCACCGGCGAGCUCACACUGGGGAGAGGCCGUACUCCUGCUCAGAGUGCGGGAAGGCAUUCACUCGGUCGGUCAACCUGCAAAAACACCAGCAGACCCACGCGAAUAAAUAAAACUUUUAAAGGUCCCAGUGCAGAAAAUGUCACAAAGGGUCGUGGGAACUAAUGUCACAUCAGGUUGCUCUCACUUGAGACUGUUUUCACUGCCCCAGUGGGUUUAGGUGAUCAGCUCAAGUUGCUGUACAUCAACGAAUUCACACAGGGUAGAGAAAUUGCCAUUUUGUGUACGCUGUCAAAACACCAGUGAGUUCACAAUAAGCUUGUAGAAUGAGAUGUUGCCAUUAGUCACAAAUAGGACUGAAAACUGUGGUUUUCUGGAGUCUGUUUUGGCUAUUGUUAGGAAAAAUAUCAAGCUUAGUUACGGGAUUAAUAUUAUGGAUAAAAGUCAAAUAAAUCAUCAUUUUUAAACCAUAUGAUGAGUCUAAUGCUUCUAAGUUUACUUCCUCCUGUCUUCUCUCUAAUAACAAGCCCUUGCUCGUGGGAGUUUAAUAAAAACCAAAAGAACUCCAGACGCUGUAAAUCAGAAACAAAAACGGAAAUUCCUGGUAAAACUCAGCAGGCCUGGCAGCAUCUGUGGAGAGAAAUCAGAGUUAAAGUUCUCCGAAGGUGCUGUCAAAACCCUGUUGAGCUUGAGAGAAAUGGAGUGCUACAGGACAGUGGUUAAACUACAGUUAACACUAGUACAUAAACUUAGGCACAACAGUUAACACUUGGACAGGAAUUUAGUCACAGAUGUGAUAGCAAUAAGGAGAAGUGGUGAGGCGGCAGUGCACAGUCUGGGGGAUCAGCUUGAGUGAGCAGAAGAUAACAGUAAGGAGCGAUUAAGAACCAGCUAAAACCAGAUCCAGGAAACGCUUGGGGCUAAGUAGGUGAAAAGGUGAGGAGUGUGUAGCCACAGCCAGCUAUGGCACAUGCGUAGUAGAGAACAGUAAAAGCCAGAGCUGAACUACAGAUGGGGACGCCCACUUAGGGAGGCCCGAGGGAAUACAAACAUUGGCGCCUGAAUACAUAAUGAAUGGGAUGUAUAAAAGAAGACUGCAAA